AUGGAGGUUCAAGGGGAAGACGCAGGUCGUACAUGGUUAGAUUGGUGGCGCCCAAAACAGGAGGCAGGCGAUGAAGUCGAUCCCGCCAGCCAACAGAAGACAGAAAACACCGACCGAACUGUUCCCAAAGAUGGAACAUUGGGUUUACGGAAGUUAAGUGGAAAGUAUGUUGGAGGGACUAUGCCAUUGCUUGCUGUCAUUUCACUCAUACUCCUGUCAGGUGUUAUAUUCCGGCUGUCUACCAAGCGUGACUCCCCCAAAUUGAGCCCCCCGGAGUUGAGAUCCCCUCAGUUGAGCUCCCCCGAGUUGAGCUCCCCUCAGCUGAACCCCCCCGAGUUGAGCUUCCCCACGUCGAGCUCCCCCACGUCGAGCUCCCCCACGUCGAGCUCCCCCACGUCGAGCUCCCCCACGUUGAGCUCCAACAAUGAAUGGGCACCGCUCCCUGUCAGUGACGACACCAUACGGAGGUAUAUGGAUGAUCUCAAGGAUGCAGAGGUAACGAUGAACAAGGCCUGGGGAUCCUUAGGACCAUCUCUGAAGGAAGACUUUCAAAAGCAUUUCACGCCCUCGAGCACGGACGGUCAAACGCUCACUGAAAAUCCGUUGGCGGUUAUCACUGAGCAUGUUGUCAAUAUGCAAAAAUGUGAAUUCCCAUCUGAUUCUUCUGCGAAGGUGCAGAAUGAUUUCUUGCAACAUUUGCGGCUGCUAGUGACAAUAUGCCGCAUGGCAACGCUCCGCCUGGAGGAGUUGGAUCGGCUCCUCCCUUGGAAAAGUGAAAUCGAAGCUCCAGUCGAUUUUCCUGAUAACGAAGAAGCUGACAGUAAUUUUGGGCUUCCAUCUCUGAAGGAAGACUUUCAAAAGCAUUUCACGCCCUCGAGCACGGACGGUCAAACGCUCACUGAAAAUCCGUUGGCGGUUUUCACUGAGCAUGUUGUCAAUAUGCAAAAAUGUGAAUUCCCAUCUGAUUCUUCUGCGAAGGUGCAGAAUGAUUUCUUGCAACAUGUGCGGCUGCUAGUGACAAUUUGCCGCAUGGCAACGCUCCGCCUGAGGGAAUUGGAUCGGCUCGUCCUUUGGAAAACUGCAACCGAAGCUCCAAUCGAUUUUCCUGACAACGAAGAAGCUGACA